GCAGCAGCAGCAGCAGCCUCCUCCCGCCCGCCUCGCCCCGCACACCGCUGCCGGCGGGAGCCGUGUUGCGCGCGGAGGGCCGGCGCCGCGGCGGGGAUGCGGCUGCGCUGGUGCUGCUGGGGGCCGGCGGCGGCGCCGCUGCUGCUGGCGCUGCUGCUGGGGCUGGGUAGCCCGCUCGCCGCCAAAGGCAGUGAACAAGCACAAGCCCUGGAUUGAGACGUCGUACCAUGGAAUCGUAACUGAAAACAAUGACACUGUAAUCCUGGAUCCUCCCCUUGUUGCUUUGGAUAAAGAUGCACCUGUUCCCUUUGCAGGUGAAAUCUGUGCUUUUAAAAUCCAUGGACAAGAAAUGCCCUUCGAAGCUGUUGUACUAAACAAGACAUCUGGAGAAGGUCGUCUUCGAGCAAAAAGUCCUGUUGAUUGUGAACUGCAGAAGGAAUACACAUUCAUCAUCCAGGCCUAUGACUGUGGAUCAGGACCAGGUGGAAGAAACUGGAAGAAAUCUCACAAGGCAGUGGUCCAUAUCCAGGUAAAGGAUGUCAAUGAGUUUUCACCAGCUUUCAAGGAGAGUGUGUAUAAGGCCACUGUGACAGAGGGGAAGAUCUAUGACAGCAUACUGCAGGUAGAAGCCAUAGAUGAGGACUGUUCUCCACAAUAUAGCCAGAUCUGCAAUUAUGAAAUUGUCACAACUGAUGUACCUUUUGCCAUUGACAGAAAUGGUAACAUCAGAAACACUGAGAAACUGAACUAUGACAACCAGCACCAGUAUGAGAUAAAGGUAACAGCUUCUGACUGUGGGCAAAAACAUGCAAUGGAAGAUGUCUUAGUGCGAGUUGACGUGAAACCUGUGUGCAAACCUGGCUGGCAAGACUGGAACAAACGGAUUGAAUACAAGCCAGGUUCUGGCAGCAAACCUUUGUUUCCCAGCAUUCAUCUAGAAACCUGUGAUGGACCAGUGUCCUCAAUACACACCACCAUUGAAUUACACACUAACUACAUUGGAAAGGGCUGUGAUCGUGAAACAUACUCAGAAAAAUCUCUGCAGAAACUGUGUGGAGCUUCCUCAGGUGCCAUUGACUUGUUACCAUCUCCCAGUGCAACAACUAACUGGACAGCUGGGCUUCUCAUGGAUAAUAAUGACAUGAUUUUUAAAUUUGAUGGAAAGCAAGGAGCCAAAAUCCCAGAUGGAAUAGUACCGAAGAAUUUAACUGAUCAGUUCACCAUCACUCUGUGGAUGAAACAUGGACCUAGUCCAGGAUUAAGAGCUGAGAAAGAGACUAUUCUCUGCAACUCUGACAAGACAGAGAUGAACCGGCAUCACUAUGCCCUGUAUGUGCACAACUGCCGAUUGGUGUUCCUAUUGCGCAAAGACUUUGAUCAGGCUGACACCUUCCGUCCCGCGGAGUUCCACUGGAAACUGGAUCAGAUUUGCGAUAAAGAAUGGCAUUACUACGUUGUCAAUGUUGAAUUUCCCGUCGUUACAUUAUACACGGAUGGAACAACAUAUGAACCUUACCUUGUGACCAAUGACUGGCCUAUCCACCCUUCCCACAUAGCCAUGCAGCUCACAGUUGGUGCUUGUUGGCAAGGAGGUGAAGUCACGAAGCCAAGAUUUGCUCAGUAUUUCCAUGGCAGCCUUGCCAGUCUCACUAUCCGGCCAGGAAAAAUUGAGAGUCAGAAAGUGAUUUCCUGUUUGCAGGCCUGCAAGGAAGGUCUGGAUAUUAACUCUCUUGAGAGUCUUGGACAAGGAAUAAAGUAUCACUUCAACCCUUCCCAGUCAGUCCUUGUCGUGGAAGGAGAUGACAUUGAGAAUAUAAAUCAAGCUCUCCGAAAGGUCUCAUACAUCAACUCUAGACAGUUUCCUACUGCAGGCGUACGACGUCUCAAAGUCUCAUCCAAAGUCCAAUGUUUUGGUGAAGAUGUCUGCAUUAGUAUCCCAGAUAUAGAUGCCUAUGUAAUGGUGUUUCAGGCCAAUGAGCCCAAGAUUACAAUAAGUGGGACGGACCACUUUGCUAGACCAGCUGCACAAUUUGAAAGUCAAAGAGGUGUUACUUUGUUACCUGACAUCAGAAUUGUCAGCACAGUCACUAAAAUGGAGCAUCCAGUGGAUGAACAUGACAGAGCCAAUAAGCCAGUGGUAUUAGAGGAGAUGCUGCACAACUUGGAUUUCUGUGAUGUUCUGGUGAUUGGCAUAGAACUAGAUCCUGAACAAGAGUGCUUAGAACUAGAUCAUGUGGCGCUCCAAGGAAAACAUCUAGAUGCCACGAAUUCCACAGCAGGAUAUUCAGUCUAUGGUGUGGACAGUAUGAACAACUAUGAACAGGUUCUUCGGCAGGUUCGCUAUCGUAACUGGGACACUUCUGCCACCUUUGAUAGAAAGUUCAGAGUUAAGUGCUCAGAGCUGAAUGGACGUUACACUAGCAAUGAAUUUAACUUGGAGGUUAAUAUUCUACACAGCUCCAACUCCAAUUUCAUGGACCAUGUAAACAAUAUGAUAGUACAACCGCAGUUUCUCCAGUCUGUCCACCACCCAGAGGGAAGCACAAGUGCUGUUCACAACUCAGUUGUUCCAAGUGUGGCUACUAUCGUUAUUAUAAUCUGUGUGAGCGUACUCAUUUUCAUCAUAACCUUGGGGGUCUAUCGAAUUCGGACAGCUCAUCAGCACAGCUCUGCAGACAAUGAAGGAAGUAAAGAAAACGAAAUGGAUUGGGAUGAUUCUGCUCUGACUAUUACUGUCAACCCCAUGGAGAAACAUGAAAAGCCUCAUCAGACAGAAGAGGAAAGUGAUGAAGAAGAUAUAGAAGAUGAAGAGGAAGACACAACCAGUGCUGAAUCUGAUGAAAGUGAAGACGAGGAGGAAGAUGAGGAGGAGGAAGAGGAAGCGAUUGUCCAGAAGAGAGAUAAACAGAAGGUCACCAGGCAAGAGCAGCUGGAGUGGGAUGAUUCAACACUCCCGUACUAACAGCCCUACAGCCACGUUGCUCUUUUGUAACACCCAAUACAAUGUUUUUUCUGAGUCUGUUAAUUGACAGGAUUUGAACUUCUGCUUGCCUAUAACUGUUUUGCCUAAAAUGAUCUUGUAGUAAUUCGUAAUGGUAGAACUGACCCUAUUGUUACAAAGCCUGGAGAAAACAUGGUACAAACAUACUGGCAUCACCAGUAAUAAUCUAGAACUUGAUCUGUUUAGCAAGCGUAGUUCUCAAGUUCCUGUUUCUAUACUGCAGAUAUGUGACAAAAGUCCUGUCACUCAAUUCAUAGAGGUUUUUAUCUUUCCUAUUUUUUUUUUCCAUACAGGAGAGAUUUCAGCUUGUUAUGAAGAAUUACGUGUGUGGGUCCAAAUAACAGUUGCCACAUGACUUCACACUCUGUAAAAUACAGUCCACCUUCAAAUGGGGGAGAGUUUUAGUGCUACAGGUGACAGAGACUGAAUUCCAUUUGUCAUCUCAUCCUGCUUUCUUGGAUGUUAGCUGUCUUCUACAAAGGAAUAUCUAGGACUUGACAAGGGAUGCACGUGCACCUGUGUAGAAGUGGACAAUCUUUUCAGGCAUGCUGUCAGAACCCUCAGGACAGGGAUUUUAUCCAACCUACCCAUAUUACAGAGAGUUAAAAAAAAAACAAAACAAAAAAACAGAAUCCAGCAACAAGAAGGGGCUGCUGAAGGUUACUGACAAAAAUCAUUCUGUGUCCACAGACUGAGUAAUGUGAGCUUAUGCAAACUGUAAAUUCUAAUGGUAUUGAUUUACUGGAAAACCUGUAGAGGGGCUCAUUAGUUACAGAUUGAGGAAUUGGCAGCAAAUCAAUGCUUUCAACUUUCUGUCUUGUAAAAAGUCGUUUGCUUGCUGCAGCAUCUUACUGAAGUAGUGGAAAAUCAGUGACCCCAUUAUUCCAUAGCUAUGUAUGGUUGGGAUUUUAACAAUGAUUUUACAUGAGGGAAAUAUUCCCUUUUGAUUUAAUGAAUGCCAGCCGGAAUUCACGUCUGACUGUAUUCUGUAACACAUUAUGUCCUGUUUCUUCUCUACCCUUGCCCACUUACAAGUGGCACAAGAGACAGCGUCGGCAUACAUGGCAUACACAACUGUCAGCUCUCUUUUGCACUCAUAAUUCUCCCUUAUUUCUUCUUCCUGAAGCCAUUAAUGUUGAGAAACAGUUUUGUAAAGUAGAACAAGAACAAAUAAAACCUACCUGGAACCAAAAGAAAGAAGUGAAAACAAAACCUAAAAUCUUAAGAGGUUGAGAGAGUAUUUUAGUUUGUUAUGGUAACACAGCAUAUUUUUCUUAAACACUGUUUAAAAAGGAAUAAAAAAAAAAAGAAAAAAAUAGAAGCAAAGC